AAGCAAAGUGCGCCCCGUGCCCCGUGGGGGGGCUGCGUGCGUGUCCGUGUCCCUGGGGCUGGGGGGCAGCACACUGUGCGCAGAGGGCCUGCAGGGCUGGCAGCAGCGGGUGGGGGCCCGGGAGCCCACCGGUGGGGUGCACGGUGCCACACCCCUAACGGAGCUGGAUGGGGCCAGGUGCCCCCCCAGCGGCAAGGCCAGCACAGACCCCGGGGGGCUGCGGCAUCCCCAAGGCCCCAGCCCCUUCCCCAGCCCCUCUCUGCUUGGGGUCCCCUCACCAGGGCAGCUCAGCGCCCUGCACAGGCACAAACUUUGCCCCUUGCCUUCGCUGCCAGCUCCUUGUGGCACAAGGGCAGAGGGCGGGCUGCAAGGUGCGGGGCGGCUGCCCAGGUUUUGCUCUGCUGCUGAUCGGGGGAGCUGGGACCACUGCUGGCACCCCAGUGAGUGCUGGGGCUGCUUGGGGAGCCAGGGGGGCAGGAACCCCCAGACCCUGCCCCGCUGGAAGGGGCUGUGCUGCUGGGGAGGUCCUGCUCGUCCCCUCAUCCCAGCCCUGCAAUCUCGAGGGCUUCGGGGCCCUCAGGAUAUGCUCACCGCAGACUGGUGCUGGCGGUAUGAGCAUCUCCGUGAUCUCAUCAGGAACAGAGAUGGGGAGCCCCCCUGCCCAUUGCUUGCAGAGGGACCCCCAUGUAAGUCUGGCCCGGCACAGCCCUGGGCUGGUGCUGCUCAAAGUGCUGAGAGUGAGGGAAGCAGGGCAAAACCCCAUGAGGGGUCAGCAGGACGGGGGCCCGGGAUGCCCACCCCAGGCAGGGCUAGUGCAGGUGGAUUUUUGUGGGAGGAGGGCAAUCACACCGACAGGGCGAUGCGGACCGCAGGCUGGUGCUCAGCCGAUGAGAGAUGUCGUGGUGCCCAUGCGGUGAGUCCUGCCCGCUCACCGACUGUGGGGUCUAGGGAUGGCCGGGGGCGCUCACGGCUGCACGAGCUCGGUGCUGCCGUGACAACCCAUACCGCACCGCAGGUGCCAGCAGAACGAUGGCGCCCUACCGCAUCCGGCAGUACCGGGACCAGGACUACGACGCCGUGCGGUCCCUCUUUGCCCGCGGCAUCAUUGAGCACGCGCCGGCCGUGUACCGGCAUGUCCUGCGCUCGGCGCGGAUGCAGCUGGCUCUGCUCGCCCUCUUCACCGUGGUGCGGGCGGCCGCCGGCUGCUGGCUGCUGGCACUGGGGGCCGCGGCGCUGGCACUGGCGGCCGCCUGGCCCCUGCUCCGCUCCUUCAGCACGUCCUACGUGCACCAGGCGCUGCACACCGACCUCCUCGACAUCCGCGCCACCUACAUGCGGGCGCCCGACUCCUGCUUCUGGGUGGCGGAGGCCGGGGGGGCCGUGGUGGGCAUGGUGGCCGUGGCACCGCCGCAGGACCCGUCCCAGAGAGGGGUGGCCCUGGAGCUGAAGCGCAUGUCGGUCAGCAAGGACUACCGGGGCCGGGGCAUCUCCAAAGCGCUCUGCAGGGAGGUGCUGCGCUUCGCCCAGGCGCGGGGCUACGGGGCGGUCGUGCUCUACACCUCCGUGGUGCAGGUGGUGGCCCAGCGGCUCUACGAGGGCCAGGGCUUCAGGAAGGUGGGCACCUCCAGCCCCUCGCUGCUCGCCAGCCUCCUCUGCUUCCAGAUCUUCCAGUACCGCUGCGACCUGCCCGGCCGCCCUCCGUCCCCGGCCCCGCCGCGCUAGGCACCGCCGUGGCACCGGCACCAGGAGGUCGCGGCAGGCCGAGCGCCCGGGGGCUUUUCUCACUCCUAGAGCACUGAGAAAUAAACAGAGACCUGUGGGACGUGG